AGACGAUUUUUAUUCAGUUCAUAGAUGAAGACGGGACGGUAAUUAGCCGAUGCGUUUUAAUACGAAAUUAAGUAGAGAUCGAAUUGAAUUGCGUGGGGUUGUUGGGGGCGAGACGAUUCGGUAGAGGGGGCGAACUACCCCCACUAAACUGACGAAGUCCCCCUCUAAGCCCAUUGAAGCCCGUGGUGGGGCCCCAGCCGCCUCCAGCCUUCAUCCUGACACUAACGGAGAAAGUUUUCUUUGCGAGAGGUUUCAUGGGAGUUCCUCAAGAUGCCACUUUCGUCCAGGCCGGAAUCCAUUCAGCUGGAAGACAUGGACAAGAAUUCUCCAAACGGACUGGUGCAUCCUGAGGACUCAUUAUGGCCAGUCCCAAUGAUAUGUGGGGACAGCCAGAAUGGGAUGCACAAGAGAACGGUGUACGAGCACAAUCGUGUUGCGAUGUGCUCACAGAAGAGGGCAUUAUGCCUUGCCACUGUUGUACUUUCCAUUCUUUUCACCAUAUCGCUCAUCAUCGCCUACGCUGGACCCCAGACAGACUGUCCAUGUGCUGGCGAACGACCACCUUACAUGGAUGAACACGGACGGAUUAAUGGGUCAAGAAAUAUUAUACCAAUAGCGACCAAUAACGAGCUGUUCCCUUGGAAUAACCUCAGGCUUCCACAUUAUGUUCGGCCAACAAGGUAUCAUAUCAACAUCCACCCCAAUUUGACCACACUAGAUGUUAAAGGACAAGUGACAAUAGACUUUCAAGUAGAUAAAGACACUUAUUUCUUAGUACUGAACAGCCAAAAUUUAACUAUCACUGACAAGAUGGUGACUGACAGAAAAAGCCAUAGGUUUCCCAUAGCUAGAAUGCUAGAAUAUCCUCCAAGGCAACAGCUUUACCUCGAGAUGAAAGAUAAAUUCAGAAAAAAAGUUAACUAUACCAUAGUCAUGAGAUUCACUACAAGACUGAGCCGUGAAAUGGAAGGAUUUUAUAUCAGUAGUUACACGAAUAAGGAUGGUGAAAAAAGAUAUUUAGCGACUACACACUUCGAACCGACAUAUGCCAGGUCAGCAUUCCCAUGCUUCGAUGAGCCACAGUUCAAAGCGAAAUUCAAAAUGUCAAUAUUCAGGGACAGGUUCCACAUCUCACUUUUCAACAUGCCAAUUAUAAAUACGGAAGAUGCCGGAUUCUACAUGGGCACUGGGUUGCUGAGGGACGAUUUUCAAGAGUCUGUCGAGAUGAGCACAUAUUUGGUGGCAUUUGUGGUAUGUGAUUAUCAACACAUAAGAAAGGAAACUGAAAGAGGUGUUUCUGUGGCUGUAUAUGCUCCUCCUGAUUUGCUUCCUCAAGCUCAGUUUGCACUUGAUACUGCUACUGCGAUGAUGGAUUAUUAUGAAGGCUACUUCAACAUUUCAUAUCCCCUUCCUAAACAAGACUUGAUAGCCAUUCCUGAUUUUGGAGUUGGUGCUAUGGAAAACUGGGGAUUAAUCACGUACAAGGAAACAUCUAUAUUGUACGAGCCGGACCAGACAUCUGCGGCUGCUCAUCAAUGGGUUGCAGUAGUUGUCGCCCAUGAAUUGGCACACCAGUGGUUCGGGAAUUUGGUAACGAUGCGGUGGUGGAGCGACCUGUGGCUGAACGAAGGAUUGGCCAGCUUCUUAGAAUAUCAAACGGUCGAUGAGAUCAUGCCCGGGUGGAACAUGAUGGAACAGUUUGUCCUCGACAAGACUCAAGCAGGUCUCAACCUCGAUGCGCUUUCCAACAGCCACCCGAUUUCAGUUGCAGUACAAGAUCCUACGGAAAUUGAAGCAAUUUUUGAUACAAUUUCAUACAGCAAGGGAGCGGCUUUAUUAUAUAUGAUGGAAACAUUUUUGGGAGAAGAUACACUGAAAGCUGGCCUUACCGAUUAUUUAGAUACACACAAGUACAGUAAUGCUGACACAAAAGAUUUGUGGGCAAUUAUGAGCAAACAUGCAAAUCAUUCUAUACGUGUAAAGAAUAUAAUGGAUACUUGGACAAGACAGAUGGGGUUUCCUUUAAUCGAAUUAACUAGAGAAAAUGAGCAAAUAUCUGCAUCACAGACGCGAUUUUUGCUGACACCAGAGCCAAGAAAUGAAAAUUCAACAGCUCACAUGGAACCAAAAGCACCGUAUGGGUAUAAGUGGUAUGUUCCACUUUCGUACUACACUGACGUCUCUAAAGAAGAGACAAUUUGGAUGAACAUGACUGAUGUAAAAUUUGAAAUUAACUCAAGCGCAACUUGGCUCAAAGCAAAUAUUAACCAGUCAGGCUUUUAUAGAGUAAACUAUGAUUCAAAAAUGUGGGAAGUGUUGGUCGCAACGCUAAAGAAAAAUCAUUCUACUUUCAGUCCAACUGAUCGUGCCAGCCUUUUAGAUGAUGCUUUUACAUUAUGCAGAGCUGGGCUAUUAAACAUAUCAACAGUGUUAGAUAUGUCUCUUUAUCUUCGCGAAGAACGUGACUAUGUGCCUUGGGCUACUGCCUUAAUUCACCUUCAGUCCUGGGCGAGAUUUCUUUCUGAAUCAGCACCUUACAGGAGGUUCCUAAAUUAUACGAGCCAACUAAUUUCGCCUGUUGCUCAAUCGCUUGGAUGGGCUGAUGAAGGGACUCAUUUAGAAAAAUUGAUGAGAUCAGACAUCCUUGUCUCGGCUGUUCUUAGUGGAGUUAAAGAAACGGUCAAAGAAGCCAGGCAAAAGUUCCAUGACUGGAAAGCGAAUAAAAUCACAAUUCCACCGAACCUCCGCGAGGCAGUUUAUACAGCGGGUAUAAAAUAUGGAGGUGUUGAAGAAUGGAACCAUUGUUGGGAAAAAUAUAACACAACAAGAAUACCGAGUGAGAAGAAGCUUUUGCUUCGCGUCCUUGGAGUCGCCUCUGAUCCUUGGAUUCUUCAAAGAUAUCUACUGUCAACAUUGGAUCGAGACAAAAUAAGACCCCAGGACAUCAAAGUAGUCGUUUCUGCAGUUUCAUCCAACCCCGAAGGUGGUUUACUUGCCUGGAGGCACCUGAAAGCCCAUUGGAGGGAUCUCCAAACUCUCUUCGGCAAUGGGACAUUUACAAUGGGGAGCCUAAUUUCUGCCGUCACUCCACACUUUUCUACAGAAUACGAUUAUAAAGAGGUAGAUAUGUUUUUCCGACACAUAGAUGUUGGCUCAGGAUCGAGGGCUUUAGACCAGUGCCUCGAAACGAUCAAACUCAAUAUCCACUGGGUUAGGAGAAACGAGCAAAUUCUAGACGACUGGCUAAUUAAGUAUUUAAACAGUUAGUCUGUACCUUUGAAUUAGACAUAUAGAAGGAAAAAGGGAUUAAAGAGAAAUUAGAUUAAUUAUUAUUUUUGUAAUGAUGAAAUAUAUAUAGAGAGAGAAAAAAAGAAAUCAAUUAUUAAAAAUGAAUCUCUUUCUCCUCGAGUCAGUCGGGGUACUCCGUGUUCAAUUGGUGCAACAUUUUUUUCCGCUAGUAUAUUUUAAAAGAAGUAUAUAUUUCUUGAGCCACAUUAGGACCUUUAACUACUUAUCGGUGUACUUGUAUUUAUCCCUGAAUUGUUACCAAAGCAAACUCUACUAUUGGGAUAAAAUGUUUUUUUAAAAAUUGAAAAUUUCAAUAAAAAGGCUUGUGAAAUUUAUAGAUUCCAGGUUUUUUAUAAUCAUAAUUUAUUUUGUAUUGAGACAAAUUUUUUUCCGAUAAAAAUUUUAAUUCUAAUGGGUGAGAAUAUAUGGAUCUAGUCAUGAAUAUUCUAAUAUUAACUAAAUCUAGAUUUUAGGUUUGCAGAGAAGUACAGUUGGGGGAUUUUCACUCAACAUUAAUCUACCAUAAAUUUAUGUACAUAAUUUAUCCCAAUAGUAAAACUUAGCUGUGUUAAAAAACGACUUGUAUUCACAGAAGAAAUUUCAAUGUACAUAUUAAACAACUGCUAAAGUUCAAAAUAAGGUGCAAUUUUGAGUUUUAUGUGCAAUGUAUAAUUAAUGUGUUUUUAAUUUAUAUAAACUUUUUGGCUUUGUUUAUUGGAGCAAAAUUUCUAUAAUUGUUUCUUACUCAUAUUCACAAAUAUUCAGGUGUUUAUCUCUACAGUCUUCUUUCAUAACAUCUGAAAUAAAGUUUACAUUUCCUGUAUUUUUGUGUGGUUUCAAUAUGUUGACUUUUUUUAAAUUAAAUUAAUAGACAAAGCCUGAAAUCAUUAUAUUUUUUAUUUUAUAAACAUACUUUAUUGUUAGUUUAUUUGUUGUAUAGUGUAAACAAUUUUACCCUUUUAUACACAAAGUUCCUCUCAAAAGAAAAGCAAACAGGCAUUUUUGUAGGAUUAGUUUUUAUUUGUUACAAUAAUAGAACAGACCCUAUUAUUUUUUCAAAACUUUACAGUAAGAUAAAGAAAAU